UCCUUCCCCGACACGCGGGCCCGCGGGCCACACGCCGCUAACUCAGACUGGGCACCGACCCGGCUCCAGGAGCGCGGGGCGCCGCGGCUCCGACCAUGGGCAGCUUUCAGCUGGACUACUUCGCGGCGGGCUGGAUCGGAGGUGCAGCCAGCGUCAUCGUCGGCCACCCUCUAGACACGGUCAAGGUACUGCGGCCAUGUUUGCCAUUACCUCUUGGAAAGCGGCCUGGAACUCGCCUGCAGGCCGGCGUCAACUAUGGGAACACCCUCAGCUGCAUCCGCGCGGUGUAUAGGAGGGAGAGUGUGUUCGGCUUCUUCAAGGGCAUGUCUUUUCCCCUUGCCAGCAUCGCUGUCUACAACUCAGUGGUGUUUGGGGUCUUCAGUAACACGCAGAGGUUCCUCAGCCAGCACCACGCCAGGGAGUCCGAGGCCAGAGGGUCCCACAGCCUGUCGGACCUUCUCCUGGCCAGCAUGGUGGCCGGUGUGGUCUCUGUCGGCCUGGGGGCGCCCGUGGACCUCAUCAAGAUCCGGCUGCAGAUGCAAACACAGCCAUUUCAGGAAGGCAACCUUGGUUUGAAACCCAGGACAGUGGCUCUUGGGGUGCAGCCAGUCUACCAGGGACCUGUGCAUUGCAUCGCCACCAUCGUGCGGACUGAGGGCCUGGCAGGGAUGUACCGGGGCGUUGGCGCCAUGCUGCUGAGGGAUGUCCCGGGCUACUGUCUCUACUUCAUCCCCUAUGUGUUCCUGAACGACUGGAUCACGCCCGAGGCCUGCACAGGCCCCAGCCCCUGUGCCGUGUGGCUGGCCGGCGGCCUGGCAGGAGCAAUUUCUUGGGGGACAGCGACUCCUAUGGAUGUCGUGAAAAGUCGACUCCAAGCUGACGGGGUUUAUUUAAACAAAUACAAAGGCAUCCUGGAUUGUAUCUCCCAGAGUUACCGGAAGGAAGGUCUUAAAGUGUUCUUCCGAGGCAUCACGGUGAACACUGUGCGCGGCUUCCCCAUGAGCGCCGCCAUGUUCCUUGGGUAUGAGCUCUCGCUGCAGGCGCUCCGCAGGGACCACACCGUGACCAGCCCCUGAGCGUCAGCCAGCGUGAAAGUCCCGGGAGAGCUCCGACUGUUUCUUCACUUGUCUAUCACUGGUGCCUCACACGGAGCCUCACACCAAGAUGGCCACUCAGAAACAUUGUUGAGAAGACGGAUGAUCAGCUUCCAGUAUCUUCUCAGCUCCUUCUCUUCUUUCUCCCACUGUUUCUCCUUCUCUGGCUCCACACUGGUAACCUGCAGAGCUGAGAAGAUCAAGGGGGAUGAAUCACUGAAUUUUCUAGUCAACAAGAAACCAUUUUGCUUCGGCCUUGGUGACCGCAAAUUCUCUCAAGAAGGAUGGUCUUCAUCAGAAAGGUCUAGCAAACCUGCCCUGCUGCCUCCCCUGGGGCAGCAGGGGCCUGCUGGCAUGUGCAGAUGGGGCCAGACCCUAGACCCCGGGAAGGGCGUGAUGGAUCAGGCCGACAAGACUGAGCCCAGGGCAAGCCCUGGAAUGCCGGCUUUUACCUCAAAUGCUGUAGCUCUUCACUAAAGCACCCACCAUCACGUCUCGCCUGGCUCUUGGCCCUCUCUUACAAAAGGAAAACAGGAGUAACACAUUUUGCAUACUUAAGCUUUAUCCUGAGUGAAGCACGACUGUCCUUGGGUUUUGUCCGGGGCAAGGCAGAGGAAUGGUCUGGUUCUCAGAUACCGGCCACUCCCCCCUGUGACCAGAUGAAAGUGGCUUUCCAGAAAAUCUUGUAAUGAAAUCAGUGCCUCUUUAUUGUGGGGAAAAAAACCAAAUAUACAGAUAAACAGAGAGAACAAAAUAAAAUACCUGUUUUAUGCAGUAUCUUAUUACUCAUUCUUCCCAUUUAAGAGUUCAGGACCAUCUGUCUAUGUGAUUCAAUACUCAGCAGCAAGGUGGCUGGAGGGCCAAGCAAGACCUGGUGGCACCCGGAGCGGCUGGAUGCUUGCCUGAGCUGUCGCACCAGCCGCUUGUCACCAGCCUGCUGAUUGGCUACUUCAGGAGGAAGGAAGAAAUUUCUAGCAAGCCAAAUUCUGAUGGUCCUGGAUUGGGCCAUUCAGAGCAGUGAGCACCCCAGUCGGAAGCUCCUCUUUCUGAAAGUCCUCUCACGGGCCACGAGGCACAGAUGGGUGCUGGCCUUGGCUCUGCAGGUGUGGGCCUGGAGGCUGUGGCUCUCUGGUGGAAGAGGAGGGUCCCCAGUGACUUUUCUGGAGCCUCAUCAUGCACAAGUCUCAUGCAAGGAGUUACAACUUCCGAGGCCCUUUAUCAAGUCCUGGAUUUGGAUUUACCGGGUAGCUCUGAGUUCAUGGGCAGAUCACGCUCUUGGCAGCAAGAGCACCCGGUCUCUGAAGACGUGGACACCUGUGCCUCACUUAGGAGUCCACACUGGGCGCGGGGUGAGACAUGAUGUAUGUCAGAGAGCCACAGGGCCCCGCGGUCCCUGCGAGGGGGUGGGAGGGUGACUCUCUCGCGUCCCCGGGCAUAGGUUGUGGGAAGGCACGGGAUUGUUCUCGGUGUCUGCAGGGAGCAGAGUCCAACCCCUGGCUCCUCCAGCCUCCUUCCAGCAAGCAGGCCCAGAGUUCUCCCUCACCCCCACCAGCUCCCGUGGAGGAAGAAUGCUGACUUUUCAUUCAUCCUCUCAGUUAUUUCUUCCCCAGGAUCACACAUAUGAGUGACCCAGGGGCUGUGUGAAGUCCAGCGAAGGCCGCGUGAGGCGGUAGUUUGGGAUGUGGUUAGUUUCACCUGUUCACAGGGAGAUACCUGACUCAGCACGAGAAAGAUGACCUUGUUGGUAGAAGUGGGGUCCCGGUCUUGUCAGGUGUCAGCUGUUCGACUUGUUGGAAGCCCCUGAUUCCGGCUGGGCCAUCUCUACCCACCGACCAGGAUCCGCUGUCCCAGAAGCUUCCCGGAGUAAUGCUGGCCUGCCUCCUGCUGUUGUGACCUUCUUGCUCCAAACCUCACUGAUCCACUUUCAAUUCCUGAGAAAUCCAAUUUCAAGGAAAGCAGAUACAUUCUUCCUGGAAUACCUUUUUUGGGACACUUAGGAAUAACCCCAGACAACCUCCUUGCGCUUCACACCUGUUCUCCUGGUGAUCCUCCGUCAACGGUUGCUUCGCAGAAAUGAUUUUUUUCAAUGGGUUGUUGACCCUUAGAUCUUGCUGACUGAUAACCCCAGUUAGAUGAAAGCCUUAUUUUUUCAUCCUUUUCCCCCAGAGCCAGCGUCACCUGGCCAGAGCUGGUGUCACCUGACCACAGCCUCAUUUGGCUACCGCGGAAGGCGGCCAUCUAGAGAAGCCACGGGAGUGGAUUUACAGGAGAGAAAGAGGGCCUCCCCUCCACCCGUGCUGUGGGCCGGGUGGGCACUCGGCCAUUGGCGCUGACUGCAGAAUCCCUUCUUUCCCCGAUCUGAGGGCUCUGAUCCUUACCUCCUGGCUGGGGCCACUCAGCAGCUGCCUGGGGAGGGAGCGGUGGACCGCCAACUGGCACCGGCUAAUUCCGACCCAUACUGGCCCCUGGUGCAAAGCUGGGUAACAUCGACCUUGCCCCCCACGCCUGCUGUGGGCUCGCUGGGAGUUCGUAGAGGAGUGCCGUUGUCUCCAUGUUUCCAAAUAAAAACUUCAAGAACUUCUUUGGGUCAUUUCUGAAUCAGAUGUUUCUGCCUUCAGUGUCCAAGGGACACUGACCACCCUCAUUCUUUAGAUCUCUACAGCGAUCUCUACAGAGAUCUACACCCUCCUCUCGGUCUCGAUCUCUGUGGGUGGCGCUGGCCCACAGAACCCCUCCACGCAGGUGAGGAGGAAAGCAAGGAUGGCAGUCAGGCUUCUCUUCGCCAAGCUGCGACAGGUGGGCAGGGUGGGCGCGAUGGAAGGAGAGGAAGCCUGGUAAGGGCCUCCCCACCUGAGUGGUGGCAAGAGCUGAUGAGGCACUUGGGAGGCGGUGGCGCUGAGCGUGCUGGGAGGAUGGGCCUUCUCCGGGCCUUGUGGUCACAUGGAGAACAAAACCCAAUAA